GAACUCAUCUCCGAAACCCUAGACUAGGGCAGCCGACCGGACAAAAAUAGGAGGACGAUGAAUCUUCGAUUUUUCGCCUCUCUAGCGAUGGGAAGGCUGUCCUCACGCCGGAUCUGCGGCCAGGUCGUAGGACCGGCAAGGCACCAGCUCUCUAAGAACCUCCCUGUUGGUGUGCGCGGAUUCGGCUCCUUUGACAGGUUGCCCAUUGGCCAAGUCAAAGAUUGGUCACUUGGCACUGUUAUGUCCCUGGGUUCCUUGCCAGUCUUUGCUGGAGGCAUAUGGUAUCUCAAAACUAAUCCAGAGGAGCCGGGUGCUCAGAAGCCCACCGUUGAGGACCCGGAGGAGAAAGCCAUGAAGAAGAGAUUCGAGGAGUGGAUGGUUGUGCACAAGCGCAGAUACAAGAACGAGGAGGAGAAGGCACGGCGCUACGAGCUGUUCAAGGGGUGUGUCAAGAGGGUGAACGAGCUCAACGCCGCGUCACGGUCGGGUGAAGCCCGGUACAAACCAUCCCGAUAUGCUGACUUUACCAAGGAAGAGAGGAGCAAAAUACACGGAAUCGUGGUCGAACCAUCUAUGUUCGACGAGUGGAACGAGGAGAAGAGGCGCAAAACACAAGGGGGCCAUGACGGCGGCGCCAACGGGGACGACUGGGAAGAAGAGAUGCGCCUGAUACAAAGGUGUCUUCGCACUGCGGCCCUUAAUGGCAAGGCACAAUGCAAAGCACAGCAGUCGUCCUAAGUGGUGAAUUAGUAUCUAUGUUAGCUUCCAUCGGUGUGUUAUAUCGAUAUAUAUAAAUGCCCCUGUAAUUGGUGAGUUUAUGCAUGCCAAUGUCUGCUGCUACUUAUGCCUGGAGCCUUGCAGUGUUGAACUUUAAUUAGAACUUCCCCUGUACCGCUGUACGUACUCUAUCUUAUCUUAGUAUAAAACAUAAUUAUGGAGUUGAACA